AUGACUGACAUCUCCGUCAAACCGCACCGCAAGUCGGUCAGGUCCUCCAUCUCCAAGCAUGGCGACAGAAACAGACGCUCCUCGUUGCCCCAGGCGUUGGCCAUGAACCUCAAAACGUCCUCGGCAUCCCUAUCCUCAUCCUCCACCAUCUCGUCGCUCGCCAGCCGCAGACAGAGUGCCGAGCUGGCGUUGUUUCGCCGUCGCAACCUCGCAGACACCUGCGCAUUCUGUGGAGAGUCGUUGGCCCAUCUUCACCGCGAGCUGGUCGAGCUCUCGUGUGGCGACGUGUGCCAUGGCGAGUGCUUGGAUAUCAUGUUCGAUCGUGACUACCUCGAGCAGUGGCCUGUGUGCAACCUCUGUGGAGAAAGAACCAGAUGCGCAGACGAAAGCUCCACUGCGCACUCAAGCAUGCUCAUCCAUGAUGUCUUAUGGUUCGAAAAGCCGUUACCCGAGCCGCCAGCCGGCUCCAGUUUGAGCCUUGACCUCCUGGGGCCGUUCGAGCCCCCAGCUACCGUCUCUAGUCACCCAGUGACUCCAUUGAACCAGAUCAUUCCAGACACUCUUAAAGACCCCUUGCCAGACACCAUUAUGGUGGGAGGCCACCAGCUCGAGGUGGACCCUGCCGCAGCGCAUGUGCAUUACGACGAAAUGAGAAACGACAUCCUCCAGCCUAAAGUGGCGUGCUCGAAGAGCGCAUCUGUGCGCCUCCACAACGGUGCGUCCAGCCAAAAUUUGGCCUACCUGUUCACUGUAACCGCUCCUCGUGUGUAUAAGAACACCCAGCCCAGCCAGCACGAGCUCCAGGCCGUGCAAGAAAUCCGAAGACAAAUCAAAAAAUUCUUAUCCACGGAAAUCGUCAACUGGCAGCUGAAUUUCUUCGACGACGCCAUUGGCGACGACUUGAUCAUUUUCGACCACUUGCACGUCAGCACCAACGGCCACGACUGGGACGGAGUGUGCUGCUUCUUGUUUGAAAAUAUUCUCUUGCUUAUCGAUGGCCACAAAUUGAUCGGACAGGUGUUGAUCAACCAGGACGUCAGGUCGGUCAAAGCCACGCCAAACGGCGUGGUGCUCGAUUUGGGCGAUAACCCCGUCCCCCAAUUGCAUAUCCGUCACGAUAACCCCAUCGUGCUCUCCAAAUGGGAGACUAUGAUCCAGAAAUUAUUGGACCACAAGCCUAUUGCUUAUAUAAAUAUGUUCCAAUUAUCCUCCAACGCCUGGGGCUUGUUCAAGGACUGCUUGGACAUCCCGUUGGAGGUGGUGGAGUUUUCGCAUCUCAUGCAAAACAACCUCGAUAUUCCCAGCCCCAUGCUUCUCCAGGCAGUGCCAGAUCCUGACCCGUUACCUCUCAAUUUGAUUGUGUCCAUUCCUUUGAUCAACUUGGGCACCAACAUGUCCAAUGACGAGUACAAGACCCACAUCGUCACCAUGCUCAAAUCCAUCAAGGCAUCAUUGCGCCCAAUUGAUAAAAUGGGGCUCAUAUUCGUGGGCACCGAUAGCAGAAGAAAUCCCAACCGCUCAGGAGCAUUCAUUGGGUGUGUCGAGUCCAGCUGGGACGGCUGGGACAGGGUCAUAGAGGACAUCAAAGUGUCGGGAAACACCCGAGGAUCACAUACUCUUUUCGCCAAUGAAUUGCAAGAGCUCAAGAUCAGCAUUGAAAAAUGCAUGGAUUUAUUUCCCUUUAUUCCUACAGGGCCCAACAACAUCAACAAAUUUAUCAUCUUGAACUGCAACAAUUACCAGCAGUCCAUGCCACUGGACUCCGGCAUGGAGAAGACCCAGGCACUACUUUCCAGAAUGAUCAAUAGCUUGCUGGACAAGCUUUCGAUCUCGUUGGUCAGAAUAGGCCGCUACCACACCGAGGCCUGUAGCUACAUCCAGGACUUGAUUAGCAAGCCCAUUUCCGACUCGACCCACGUCAAGUACUCCUACGGAACCGAAAUCUUACGGUUCGAAGACUUUGAAGAAUUCAACCUGGAGUUGAAUUCCUUGAUUACAAACGAGUACCAGUCGAUCUGCAUUCCAAACAUGAACAUCGAAGUCCUUAAAGAUAUUGGCACCAAGUCCAUGGUGAAUUUCGACCUGAUCGAGGUCAAUGGCUACUUGGUACCUGUCACUGCAGACAGUGUGACCCUUCUGAUUAAGGAUGUCAAGCCAUCUACAGAGCGCACAAUUCUGGUCCAGGUUAAAUUGAACAUAGGAGUAGGCCAAUUGGAGGAUACUUUCGGUCCUAUUCUGUGCCUCCAAGAGCUCCCAAUUAUUCGGUGGCAAGCCAAAUGGCUAGGGGAUUCCAAUUGCUCUGGAAGCGUUGGAUCCAAGAUUUCACAAGCCCGUGGUUAA